AUGAACGAGACAGAAAAUCAGCCUCAUGAUCAGUUUGCAGUCCGCUAUGUCAUUCCGCCUUUGGAAAAUCGACACUUUACUGGUCGUGAAUCCACGCUGGAUGAGCUUAAGGAGAAGCUAUUUCUGGAACCGAAUACGAAAAAACUAGCGCUAUUUGGACUAGGUGGCAUCGGCAAAACCCAAGUUACUCUUCAGCUUGCCCGCUGGGUGAGGGAGCAUAUACCAGACUGCUCAAUUUUCUGGGCUCCUGCCCUGAGUCUCGAGAGUUUUGAGCAGGCUUGUUCGCAAAUCGCGAAAGAGCUGCAAAUCCCUCAGAAUGCAGACGGUGAAAGUGCGAUGGAAUCAGUACAGCGACAGCUAAACUCUAAUAAAGCUGGAAGGUGGCUUUUCAUUGUCGAUAAUGCCGAUGACGUGGACUUGCUUUUCGAUAAGCUUGAUCAGUACUUCCCUGCUAGUAACAACGGCGUCACUUUGCUCACUACUCGUUCCCGCGAGGUGGCACUGUCAUUCGCAGGAAGGGACAUAGUUGAGCUCCAAAAGAUGACAACGGAGGAAGGGAUUGCUUUUCUUACUAAGAUUGUAGGAGAAGACUCGCUUUGUGACCAUAACUCCACUAUACAAUUAUUAGAGGAGCUAAACUUCCUACCCCUAGCUAUUGUACAGGCAGCUUACUACAUUUGUCGAAAUAGUGGAACAGCCACACAAUAUCUUCAGCUUAUGCAUAAAACCGAAAAAGAUCGGAUGCGUCUAGCGAGCAGGGAGUUCCACGAUAGCACUCGCUAUCGUAGACUGGCAAACGCGGUGGCCACCACAUGGCUUAUCUCCUUUAAUCAGAUUCAGUUCUCUGAUCCAUCUGCUGCUGAUUUAUUAGGAUUUAUAGCUUACCUUGAGCCAAAGGGAAUCCCGCGAUCGAUUCUCCCCACCCUUGAUUCAGAAGAGGAGAUGGAGUUUUCAAUUGGUACACUGUGUAGCUAUGGAUUUCUCACCAGGAGGGAUAAUGAAAAUAUGUUUGAUGUACAUAGCCUGGUACAGCUAUCAACCCGAAUGUGGAUAACAGACGCACGAAAGACAAAACAGAUUAUCGCGAUCUUAACGCAAUAUAUGGACAAGCGUUUUCCAUCUGAUGAAUACACAAAUCGUGACACAUGGAGAAUAUACUUACCACAUGCUCUUGAAAUUCUCAGAAGAGAGGAAAGUCAAGAUAUGGGUGAGAGGUAUACCUUACUUUCCAAAGUUGGGAAAUGCAUUCUAGCCGACGGCCGAGCGAAAGAAGCAGUUACUAUUUUGGGAAAUGUGUGUGCAUGGAAUGAAAGCCACUAUGAUGAAGAACAAUGUGAUCGACUGGCAUCUCAGCACGAACUCGCACGGGCAUACCAAUCUAACGGGCAGUUUAAGCAAGCAGUGGAGCUACUUGAGCAUGUAGUUGACGUACGAGAGAGAACGCUCGAUAAAGAACAUCCUGAUCGACUGGCAUCUCAGCACGAACUCGCACGGGUAUAUCAAUCCAAUGGGCAGAUCAAGCAGGCCGUGGAGCUACUUGAGUAUGUGGUUGUGGUGCAAGAGAGAACACUUGAUGAAGAACAUCCCGCGCGACUAGCGUCUCAGCACGAACUCGCACGGGCGUAUCAAUCCAACGGGCAGAUCAAGCAAGUAGUAGAGCUACUUGAGCAUGUAGUCGAGAUACGAGAGAGAACUCUCGAUGAAGAACAUCCUGAUCGACUGGCAUCUCAGCACGAACUCGCACGGGUAUAUCAAUCCAAUGGGCAGAUCAAGCAGGCCGUGGAGCUACUUGAGUAUGUGGUUGUGGUGCAAGAGAGAACACUUGAUGAAGAACAUCCCGCGCGACUAGCGUCUCAGCACGAACUCGCACGGGCGUAUCAAUCCAACGGGCAGAUCAAGCAGGCUGUAGAGCUACUUGAGCACAUGGUCAAGGUGGAAGAGAGAACACUUGAUGAAGAACAUCCUGAUCGACUAGCGUCUCAGCGUGCGCUUCAAGGCGCAAACCAGUCGACCAAAGCUCUUCCCUGA